AUGAAGUCCAACCUAAUGCAUUUGGUUCCCCCAGUGAGUAGGGACAGAAUAAUCUCCCAGUUUCCCAAGUGGUACACACCUGAGGCCUGUCUGCAGCUCAAAGAGCACUUCCAUGGGGAGGUCAGGACUGCUUGUCAGCAGAGCACUGGAACAGUUGGGCUGAAAAUAUCCAAAGUGGUUGUGGUAGGAGACCUGUAUGUUGGGAAAACCAGCCUUAUCAACAGAUUUUGUAAAGAUAAUUUUGACCGAGACUACAAGGCAACCAUUGGAGUGGAUUUUGAAAUUGAACGUUUUGAAAUAAUUGGAAUACCAUACAAUCUCCAGAUGUAAGUUGAAACAGCGUGGUUAAGUGUUGCACAGU